AUGAACUCGCCCGAACUCAUGUCUCCAGUGGACACGUCUCCGUCCUCGACGCCGCCCAACGAAGAAAUCAACUACCAGCCACCAAGUCAAUCGGAUAAAGGAUUUGUUGCGUCCUUGACCAGCCAAUUGUUUACCAGCGGGUCGUCCAAGAGGCGAUUGCCUGGUGGAGGCGGAUCGUAUGGCGGCUCGUCGUCCAGUAGGGAUUUGAAGUCUAGGAGAAGGGAGAAUUCAUCUAGAAUGAAUACGGGCGAGUGGGACUUGAUGAAAGGGCAGGGAGGCAAGAGGGAGAAAGACGAGUUGUUGGAUCAGGGUUUGGUUGAUUAUCUGAGGAAAGAAAUUGGCGAUCCUUUCCAGGAACCACGACCUUGAGCUUGAGGCUUGAUUGACGGUGUCGUUUUACUUGUUUUCGUGUAUUUGACCUCUUUGUAUCAGUAUAAUGGCUGCUUGCAACGCUUUUCUUG